AUGGACUCUGGCGGAGUCAGGAGGAAGGAUACAACCAAAGGCCCGCCUCUUCGAGUUCUAUCACUCGAUGGAGGAGGUGUCCGAGGUUACUCCAUCUUCAUUAUUGUACAGGAGCUUAUGCACCGAACUUUCGUCGAGAUCGAAGGCCGAGCUCCCAAGCGACACGAAAUUCCCAAACCAUGCGAUCACUUCGACCUCAUCGUUGGUACCGGCACGGGCGGACUGAUAGCUCUAAUGUUAGGCCGGCUGCGCCUCGACCUUGAAACCUGCAAAGAGCUCUACGUUCGCAUGACGCGCAUGGUUUUCCAAACAGACAAGACCAUCGCCGGAAUUCCCUAUCGAUCAACUCUAUUCAAGGCGAGCAAGCUUGAGGAGGCUAUCAAGGCAGCUGUCCGGGAACACACUGUUAAGGAAAGAGAGGGUAAUGACAGCGUCGAGUCUUCCCUCAACAAUCCUCUCAACGCCGCACUUUAUUCAAGCGCUGGCCCUCGUCGAAACCAGAGCAAUGCAAGCACCGUUAGCUUUAGCGCACGCAGUCCUGCCUCCCAGAUGGCCCAACGGCCCACAACCAACUCAAGAUACGGCGACCCCAACGCUCGUCUGUACGAUCACCGAGAAAACCGCACCAAGACCGCCAUAACAGCAGUGUAUAAGGGCUCUCCUCGAGGCGCACCGGCUGCUCUUCUGCGAUCCUACGACUCUCGAAAAGAACCCCCUCCCGAGUUCGACUGCAAGAUCUGGCAGGCUGGUCGAGCUACUUGUUCAAUUGGACUCGCCUUCAAGCCUAUUACUAUCGGUCAAUCGGUUUUCCAUGAUGACGGCGGAGGCACCUUCAACCCUAGUCCAGAGGCCCUGGACGAAGCUGUGGUCAACGAGUGGCCCGGUCGUGAAGUGGGUGUGUUUGUUAGCGUUGGUACUGGCAGACGGCCCAAGGGUAGCGAUCAGAAUUCCCAGCAGUGGUACGAAGGCUUCUUGGGCGAUUUCGCGGAGGCGCGUAGGAAGUUGAUCUCCAAAAUCGAGGGUUGCGAGAAGAUUCACGAGUACAUGAUGCGCGAGCACCUCGGGAAGCGAAACGUCAGUAUUGACGCCUACUACCGUCUUAACGUUGAAGUGGGUGUUGGGGAGUUUGGAAUGAACGAAUGGAACCGACUAGGCGAGAUCAGCACCGGUACUCGAAGGUACAUGUCGAGAGAGGCCGAGCAAAAGAUGAUCCAGGGCAUCUCAUCAAAGCUGGGUAAGAUUCACCGAGCCAAGAUCCGCCAUGCGCGAGCUCCCGAAGGAAUCCCGGAGCUUGUCAAGUCAACAUCAAGCACUUGGGAGACGCCCAUGGCAUUUGAGCUCGCAGGAGAUAUUCCAACUACUGUGCCUCUGCCUCAUAGCCCUGCGAGUCGGUCAUCAUUCGAAUCAGGGUCGGAUAACCUGCACAUCAACAACCAUAAUGGUUCACCUCGAAGCUCCAACGAGCGCAUGCAUUAUGAAACUCCCGGCUCUCCUCCACUAGGACCUCGUGGACCAAGCGCCAGUGCCCCGACUUUACACCCGGAGGAUCGUUUAGCAGUGUCGUCACCGACGCCAGCGCAAUACCGUGAAGGCGUGUCUGGCCAGGAUUUGAUUGCCAUCAUGAGCCCAGACGAGUAUCCUAGGCCACCUCCAAACAUGGCUGCACCCCCACCAACCCGGAUCGAGCCGCCGCCGUUACCACCCAAGACGCCUCUCCCCGAGAACCAGCAACAUCAUGGUGGUCGAAGAGUGCCAGCGGCGGCGCCUCCGUACCCGUUGGACGACGAUGAACCUCCACCAGUGAACAUGGCUCGUAAACCCGAUUAUAGGGGACGUUAA